ACAAACAAUUAGUGCGGUUGUCAAGUUGCUCUUGGUUCGCUGUCGUUUCGCUCGCUUGCUCGCCAUUUUUUCCCGUUUUCCAGUCGCACGGAACAGAAAGUGACUUUUCUCGCUUUUCGUUCGGUUGUGUUGUGUUUUUCUUGUAGUUUGUUGUGCCGUUGCCUGUGCGGAGUGCGUGAAAUUUUUAUACAGGACUGACUGUGUCUAGCGAAUGAAUAGUGAACGUGAAGCAAUGGGGGAGCAACCGAUAUUUACAUGUCAAGCGCAUGUAUUUCAUAUUGACCCAAAAACAAAACGCACUUGGAUUACUGCAAGCAUGAAAGCGGUGGCUGUUAGUUUCUUUUAUGAUUCCUCACGAAAUUUGUAUAGGAUAAUUAGCGUAGAAGGUAGUAAGGCGGUAAUAAAUUCAACAAUAACUCCCAACAUGACAUUCACACAAACAUCGCAAAAAUUUGGACAAUGGAGUGAUGUUCGAGCGAAUACAGUUUAUGGAUUGGGUUUUGCAUCGGAGGCGGAAUUAACUAAGUUCGUCGAAAAGUUCCAGGAAGUCAAAGAGGCAACUAAAAACGCAUUAGCUAAAUCGGCAGCGAAUGGGAGCGCAGCUGUUACACCUGUUACAUCAGCGAAUACAUCGCCCGUUUCGUCUAGAACAGCUACCAUCCAGAAUGACAAUAUAACAAACGACCAUCAAGUCGAGCCACCAAAUAUUUCUAAUACAAAUACGCAAAAUGCAAAUCCUGAUAGUCCGUCUCAUAAAGUAACUACAGUGAAUAGUACGGAUCCGAAGCAAGUAGCUCAAAAUAAUGAAACGGCUAACACAGCAGGACUUCCGGCUGGUGAACAACAGUUGAAAUAUGAAAAUGAAAGGUUAAAAAUGGCAUUGGCGCAAAGUUGUGCGAAUGCCAAAAAGUGGGAGAUUGAAUUAGCCACCCUGAAGAGCAAUAACAUCCGAUUAACGAGUGCGCUGCAGGAAUCAACUGCUAAUGUUGACGAAUGGAAGAGACAGUUGCACACCUACAAAGAGGAGAAUACACGAUUGAAACGUGAGAUGGAUUUAAUUCGUCAAGGCGGUCCGGGUGGUGGUAAUCCUGAAAUUGCGGACGAUUUGCGUCGUGAAAUUGGCCUGUUGAAGGGACGAAUAGAAGCUUUAGAAAAGGAGCUUAUGACACAAGAAAUAGAACUUAAGGCAGCUAAUAUGAGUCUCAAGGAUAAAUGCAAUGAUCAAAGUAUGAAGCAAUUAGGCGACUUGAAUCUCCAGUUUGCAAAGCAUCUUUCGGAGUUAAUAACUGUGCAGAAGGAAAUGGAUAAAGUGCUACACACACAUAAGAGCACUUGAGACAUGGAUUCAUUUGGAAAAGAAGACAAUAGUAAAUGGGCAUACACACAUUUGCUGAAACAAUUUGUAACUCGGUAGCAAACAAAAGAGUAAUGAGGGAUGCAUUCUUAGUGAUGAAUGGGGGAAAAAUAUAAACGAAAAGAAAAUACUCGGAGAUAUUAAUGAUGAACAAAUUACACGUAGCGUUUUAUAAAAAUAAAUAUUGGAUGAAAAGUAUGAUAAUGACUGUCAUAUUUUGAUAAUUCAAUGAUAAUUCAUGAUGAUAACGUUGACAUUUAAAAGAAAAGCAAACAUUGCCAUAUGUGUAUGUAAUUUUAUUUUAAUUUUGCGCCGAUAAUUCACUGUUUUAAUCAUUACAAACACAUACAUAUAUUUGUUUUCAGUUUCUAAUCCAUUGUCUCUUCAUUAUUAGUAUUAAUAAGUUAUUUAUUAUAUUUGUACAAUAAUAUCUCGUGUUAUUUAUAUAAUUCCGUUAUGAAGAUGGAAUCUCUGUUAAGGGAUGAGAAAAUAAAAUAUUAUUGAAUAUAUGAUAUUUAAGGGAAGCAAAAAAAGUAUUAAAUAAACAACAAAAAAAAAAGGAAACUCAAUAAAUUUUUAGUGUGUACAUAAAAAUUAUAUGUUUGAUGAUCGUCGUGGCUAUGACGGGAUUGUCUUGUGUGUAAUGACAGUGAUGCUUCCAGGGUGGCAGAUAUUUUACUGAACGAAGCCUAAUCCUUGUGUGAUCCCUGCAACCGUACAGUUUCUGCGGUGCAAGUGGUAAGCCAAUAACAACGGAGAUAACAAACCUCACAUUGGUUGGAGGUCAAAUUUCCAAAUACAUUUCCUGAAAACCAGGAUAAACUAAGAUAAAUCCUCUCCUCUUUAGUAUUAAGUUGGGGAAAAAGUAAUGAAUUUUAACGCUUUAUUUAACAUAUAAGGCCUACAAAUAAGUUCUGUCGGUUUUUUUCUUUAAAUUUAAAGCUUUAUUGUGAAAAAUUGGUUAUACAUUCAUUGU